CUUGCAUUUGGGCCUUACUUCUUCAAACUGCGCUCGCCGUCGCCGGUGCUCAGGAGGACCUGAAGAGCACGACUUCCGGGGGGCCACCGUCCUGACAAAGAGUCGAUCGGACUCCGAAGCCAUUGCAAUAGCAGGGUGUAUCGAAUCAGAGUGUGCGACGCUGAAUAAAGUACAAUCGGCCUCGGCUCUUUCUCUCGAUUCUUGAACUAAUCGUUCCCGCCGCCCGCAGUCUUGACCCUCAAAAUUUCGGACUUUUAGCUGAGCAUGCAUUCACGAACACAACCACAGCAGCCGAAGCCUUUGUGGGUCGUUGUUGACGCUGAGGAUCAGUUAAAGGGAGGAGGGAACCCAAAAGAGAAAUCCAGUCUUUUGUGGCGUUUGUAUUGUGAUUGUUGCAGGUGGGCGAGUCUUAUGUGAUGAGCGGUGUUGUUCAAUCCAGAGAAUGGUGGGGGGAUUGUCGACAAGGUUGCUGAACAUUUGCAUAGCUUCUGUGUGUAAAACCCAGCAACUGCAGAGAGCUGAAGUCCUCCUAAUAGACGCCAUAAGGUUAGGAGUGCUGCCGAAUGUGGUGACUUACAAUACUCUCCUCGAUGCCUACUGUCGUUUCGUUAGCAUGGAUGCGGCUCUUGCCGUUAUUCAUCGAAUGAGGGAAGCCGGGAUAAGCCCAGAUGUGAUUACUUACAAUUCGUUGGUCGCUUGUUCCACCAGGAAGCGGUCUUUAUCGGUGACCCUCGACCUGUUCGACGAAAUGCUUAAUUUAAGUAUACAUCCCGACCGGUGGAGCUACAACACGUUGAUGCACUGCUUUUUCAGGCUGGGAAAGCCGGACGAAGCUUACAAGGUGUUCCAGAAUCUUGUGCUCAGCGAGCUCACUCCUGGUCAAGACACAUUUAACAUCCUGAUCAACGGGCUGUGCAAGAAUGGGUUUGUUAUUCAUGGCCUCGUGCUGUUUAGAAAUUUACAGCGGCAUGGAGUUGUUCCAGAUCUGGUCACGUACAAUCUUCUUAUUGAUGGGCUCUGCAAAGCGGGGCGAUGGAAAGCUGCGAAGGCAAUGUUGAUGGAGCUUUUGGAAACAGAUGAAAAUCCUAAUGCCAUAACCUACACAACAGUCGUGAAAUGUUGCUUUAAGGUUAGGAAGUACGAACAAGGGCUUGAGAUCUUCUUGCGGAUGGCAAAUCAAGGUCAUACUUUUGAUGGCUUUGGUUACUGUACAGCAGUUGGCGGUUUAAUUAAGAUUGGUAAGAUAGAGGAGGCGAAUCAAUGGAUGGAUCGGAUGGUGAAAAAUGGAAUAGGGCUUGACUUGGUAUCCUUCAAUACCCUGCUUAAUCUGCGAUGCAGGGAAGGUAGGCUGGACGCUGCCAACACAGUAGUGAAGGAACUGGAGAAAUGUGGUCUGGAGGGUGAUGCCUACACACACACAAUCAUUAUAGAUGGUCUGUGUAGAGCAGGUGAUAUCGAGGGGGCUUAUCGCCAUUUAGACAAAAUGAAAGUUUUAGGUCUUGGCUCGAACCUGGCUGCUUUGAAUUGCAUGAUUGAUAGGUUAUUUAAGGCUGGUCAUAUGGGAGAGGCUAUGAGAUUGUUCGAUUCUAUGGAGACUAAAGAUGAUUUUACCUAUUCCUCAGUUGUGCACAAUCUUUGUAAAGCUGGGAGGUUUCAUAGUGCUUCCAAGAUACUGCUUUCUUGCUUGAGAAGUGGAACAAAAAUACUCAGGUCUGCACAAAAGGCUGUUCUUAGUGGCCUCAAGGAGUCGGGAUAUAGGAGAGACGCCAAAAAGCUCCAGUCAAAGAUUUAUAUGGCUAGAGUGUUGGCACGAUAUUGAUGUGGAAAUUGCACCCUUUCUCAGGCCAGAAAAUUGCGCGACCUAGCUAAAGUGUCACGGUUGCUUCAAGCUUUAAUUUCAAGCAGCUCCAAAUGCGCAGGCAUGCCUCUUUUGUUUCACGGCAUCAAAUAUGAGCUUUUUUCCAUCUAGUCAAGGCUGGACUAAAGACGUUCAAAAUG